CAUCGAGGGUAAAUACGUCGACGCUGCAAAGGGCGUCAUCUUCACCCAAGGCUGGACAACCUCCAACGUUUUGAAAUCCCAACUUGAGUUGGAGAACAACAUCGCAAAGGGCUUGAAGUUGGACAUCCAAUCUUCUUUGUUACCAAACGGCGGUGGCAAGUCAGCCCUUGCUGCUGCUAUCUACAAGCAACCAGGUUUGCACGGACGCGCCUUCCUCGAUCUCUUCAAGGGUCCUACCUUCACCCUCGACAGCGUUGUCGGCAAAGACGGCUUCUUGGCUGGUGGUGAAGCCUCUUACUCUGUUCAAGACGGCAAGAUCUCAAAGUACGCAGCUGCUGUCGGUUACUCCGCCCCAGAAUACGCCGUCACCCUCCACGGUUUGAACAACUUGAACGUCUUCGCCGCUUCUUAUUACCACCGUGUCUCACGCGAUGUCGAAGCUGGCGCUAAGGCCAUCUACGACACCAAGGUCGGCCCAUCAAAAGUCAACCUCGAAGUCGGUGCUAAGACUUACCUCGACAACGCCGCUUUCGUCAAGUCAAAGAUCAACAACGCUGGUGUUUUGGCACUCGGUUACACUCAAGCUCUCCGUCCUGGUGUUAAGGCUUCAUUCGGUUUGGCUCUCGACACUCAACGUCUUAACGACACCUCCGCUGGUCCUUCUGCUCACAAGAUUGGCGCUGCUUUCACUUUCGAAUCUUAAGCGCAAUAUUUAAUGUUAAAUAUCCAAAUGAAUAAUUUACUUUUUGUAGAUUGGAUCAACUGCAAACAUUUCUGUCUUUACUGGUGUCUCUAACUUUCCCUCUCCAUAGAUGCUACCAACGUUGUACAUUUUUGACUUUACUGGGAUCUCAAAUCCUUCACUUUUCUCACUCAAGGAGAGAUAUUCCAUUGCUUGGGUAGGUGCGCUAUCAGUUAUUGAUGGUGCGUUACCUCCCUUGACUGGUUGCUUGUUCUUCUCUCUCUUGUCUCUCUUUGGUUGAGCUGCUGCCUUAGCUUGAGCCUUCUCAUCACCCUUGGAGAUAGUUGAAGCAACUCUACCAUCUGGAAUCUUGAUCAUGUCGAAUGAACCGUCGGCGUUGACAGCAUCAACGAUGAAGUAUCCCUUUCUUUCGAAUUGGAAUCUGUCACCCUUUUUGAGUGUCUUGACGUUAGCAUCUGCAAUAGCCUCUGUAAUGAACUCAGUAACUGGUGUCAAGAAUUCUUCGAGAUUGUCGCUCUCUUCAAGACGUGGCUUGUUGAUCAAAUAGUCAUAAUCCAUUAACUUAACAUCAACCAAUUCAUUAUUCUCUGGUUGUGCCAACCAUGUGAUCUUCUUCUUAGUCUUCUUGAAGUCACCCUCGAGGUGUAAAUCGAAGUUAAGUGAUGUUACAUCACCAUUGCUGUCGUAUUCUCUAGACUUAAGGAUAGCGUUACCCCAAGCCAUGAGUGUAACCUCUUCACCAUCGUCGAAUGAUUUAGCAUCCUCUUGAUCGAUCAAUACUUCGUUGUAGAAUGUAACGUUCUUUUUACCGACUUCUGGGUUCUUAGCGUGUCUUGGGAACUCCUUAACUUCUGGUGUAGUUGGCGCACCAUUAAUUGUUGCUUUUACGACAUUCUUCUUCUCACAAGCUGUGAAACGAGGGAUGACUGGGUCAAUACGUUGCUUGUUCAUUGACCAAAUUUGGUCCCACUGGAGAUUGACAAUAGCUUGUGAAGGACCUUGCAACAAGAUGAAUUCACGAAGAGUUUCAACAGUCAUACCUCUUCUGAGGAUACCCCUAACAGUCGCGAAACGUGGGUCAUCCCAGCCCUUUACUGAACCUGCUUCGACGAGCUUACCAAGUUUACGCUUUGACAAGAGUGUGUAGGUGAAGUUCAUUCUACCGAAGUCCCAAAUUUCGGCUCUGCGCAUACCGAGAGUGUCAACAACCUACGUUCGUGGUAUUCAUUUGAACGCAAAGCGUGUGUAAC